AGUUAAUUCAACCCACGUGGAGCCGAGGGCAGUGGAAGUUGCUGAAAAAAAACAUCUGAAUUUCUGGUUAGGAGAAAGGAGCAGGUUACCCAUGAAGAAGUAGAAGUAGGAUGGACCCUCUCCAUGCCUUUAACGUUGUCUUCCGAAAAGCGGCGAAGUUGCCCUUUGUCGUUCAUCUCACCACUCCUUUUAAGAACAUCCGCUACUUCUCUGCGUGGAAGAAACCGCCGUUGUUGGAAGAUCAGCCUGUCCAGGAAGCCAGCAACAAAGAAAUCGCAGCUUUGCAACCUGGUCAUUCCCCGGAAACGUUGAAACUUGAGGAAACUCACCGGUUGAACUCCACACCACGUCCCGGUGGGAAAAACAACCGCCAGGCGGAUGUCCUUCAGAAUAAACCCUUCCCAAAAUUCCGCACCAAAGCUGCGCCGUCCACCAUUAAGGAAGAAUUCCGGAACCUGAGAAAUGACGAUUUUGUCUCCAAGCGUAAAAAGCCGCAGAAAACUCUUCAUCUCCCAGAAAAGAAUAAAGGCUCGGAGGUCUUGUUUGGGACAGCCCCCUGCUCCUUGGCCCUCGGACGGUCCAAGCGGACGUUUUUCCAGCUCUUCCUCAAAGCGAACCGAGACAGGAUACUUCCUGGGGCAGAAAAAUUCUCCCAGUAUGCCGAGGAACGAGGAAUUCCGGUGAAAAAGGUGCACAGGAAGGUCUUAGACGCCCUUUGUAGAGGAGGGGUCCAUCAGGGGGUGUGCUUGGAAGCCUCCCCACUUCGCUCCCUGGCAUGGCAGGAAGGGCCACUCCACCGAGCCCCGGUUGGCAAAGGGUCGCAGUGCAUCUGGCUGGUUUUGGAGGGGAUACACGAUCCCAUGAAUUUGGGGGCGGUCCUGCGGACGGCGCACUUCCUAGGGGUUGACGGGAUUGUGAUGAGUGAAAGGAACAGCUGCUCCCUGACGCCGGUUGUUAGCAAAGCCAGCUCGGGCAUCAUGGAAGUUUUCGAUGUGUUUAGCACUGAUGAUGUUCAAGACCUUCUUAAGACAAAAUCCAAAGAAGGCUGGGAAGUCCUCGGGACGGUUGGCCACGGGAAGAUUCCGGAAGACAUUCCGGUGGUCACUUGCUCAAACUUUCGCUGGACUGGACCCACCCUACUGUUACUCGGAAAUGAAGGUUAUGGCCUAUCUCCAGAGACGCGAAUGCUCUGCCACAGGAUGUUGACCAUCUGUCCAGGGAGAGAUUUGGAAUUUGGGGUGGAGUCCUUAAAUGUGUCAGUGGCAGCCGGCAUCCUUUUGCAUGCCAUAUGCAACCAGAGAAAUAACCAUCCCAAAAUCGCUGCAUCUGAAGGAGAAGGAGCAGAGCCCACGACUGCCACCGACUGCAACCAGGAAAGUCACCCAACAAACAAUCCAGGCCUAGAAUGACUUUCAGACGGCUGAAGAAUUCUGCGCCUUAAGAGAGGAAGCCCUAAAACGGAGGCAGCCAGGCUGCUGGGAUGUAUUUUCAUUGCAUAUUGUUUGUCCUUUAUCUGCCUGAUGUCCUUUGGAUUUUUAGGGCAGGGAUCUCCAACCUUGGUCCCUUUAAGACUUGUGGACUUCAACUCCCAGAGUUCCUCAGCCAGCAAAGCUGGAUGAGGGACUCUGGGAGUUGAAGUCCACAAGUCUUAAAGGGACCAAGGUUGGAGACACCUAUUUUAGGGGUACCUGAUAUCCUCUUUUGCAAAAUUUGAAGAGCGUCUUUGUCCUACCUGAAAACAGUAAACACCUUCCUGGUAUCUGAAUGCCUAAAGCAGGAGUCCUCAAACUUGGCAGCUUUAAGACUUGUGGAUUUCAACUGCAUAGCAUAGCUGGCUGGAGAAUUCUGGGAGUUGAAGUCCACAAGUCUUAAAGCUGCCAAGCUUGAAGACCUCUGGCCAGGGGUGAAAUCCAAUUUUUUUUACUACCGGUUCUGUGGGCGUGGCUUGGUGGGCAUGGCAGGGGAAGGCUACUGCAAAAUCCCCAUUCCCUCCCCACUCCUGGGGGAAGGCUACUGCAAAAUCCCCAUUCCCUCCCCACUCCUGGCGGAAGGGUAUUGCAAAAUUUUCAUUCCCACCCCACUCUGGGGCCAGCCAGAGGUGGUAUUUGCCAGUUCUCUGAACUGUUCAAAAUUUCUGCUUUUCGCCCGAACCUGUCGGAACCUGCUGAAUUUCACCCUUGCCUCUAGCCUAAAGUUUCGUCAAAGUAUUCCACCCGUUAUAGCAAAACCUUCAGCUGCCAAGUCAGAACAAAAGUUACCGCUUUUGUUCUGUCCCCCCUCGCCUCCGUCUGAGCGAUGGCUUAAUUAGCCGGCACUAUCAGCUCUGGCAGCAAACUAGCGAGCGUAUGCCAAGUGUCUCUGUUAUCUCCCUUGAUGCUGAUGAGUCAACAAACAGUACUUCAAGUCUAGUCAAGCAGUUGAUUUGCCUGUUACGAAGAAGCAUAGCAGCCCUUGCUGCUUUUAUAAUCUGUGGUGUGUGGCUCCAUGACUCAGCACUUCCUAGGCCUGCCCCACCCCUGCUUCUGUUGUUCCCGCCUCUCCUGCCUAGGAAAUGUAGGCCUGAUUGCCAUCAGCUGGUUCUGAAGGCAUGGCCUGGGGGGGGAAGAGUCAGGGGACGGAGGCCUCGUUAUCUCUUCCACCUGGCCUGCCUCUGGUUCCUGGAGCUGAGCCAGGGAAGCCGGUGCUCCCGAGGUAAAUCCUGACAGCCCUUCCCCCUCACUUUCCAAGUCACUUUCUGGCAGGGGGCCUGGCUCGGGUGGCACAGACACAACAGCUUUCUAGUUUUUAAACUCUCUGCAAGUCAGAAAUUCAGGGUGAAAACCGCCGAAAGUGACGGUGGGAAGGAAGUUUGUUUUUGGAGUGGGGAUGGGGACGCUUCUCCUACACUGCCAAGGAAUCAUUUAACCUUCCGGUUGUUUUUUUAAAACUUUUU